AUGCCCAACUUUGCAGGCACUUGGAAGAUGAAGAGCAGUGAGAAUUUUGACGAUUUGUUGAAAGUACUGGGGGUCAGCGCCAUGCUGAGGAAGGUGGCUGUGACGGCCGCAUCAAAGCCACUGGUGGAGAUCCGGCAGGACGGGGACCAGUUCUACAUCAAAACCUCCACCGCGGUGAGGACCACCGAGAUCAACUUCAAAAUGGGAGAGGAGUUUGAGGAGGAGACAGUGGACGGGAGAAAAUGCAAGAGUGUUCCCAGCUGGGAAAAUGAGAACAAAAUCUAUUGCAAGCAGACUCUUGUUAGUGGCAGUGGACCAAAAACACACUGGACCCGGGAACUGGUCAACGAUGAGUUAAUACUGACACUGGUUGCUAAUGAUGUCGUGUGUACGAGGAUCUAUGUUAAAGAGUAGCUGCACCCACAGUGUUUUUACUGGGGAAAGCCCAUUAGCUGCCAGAUCAUCUGAUCACCAUGCGCAUGAUGUUCACUGAUAUUGAACAGUGAUGGUCCAGGGUUUGCAUUAAUGUUGUAGUUUUUACUUUAAUGUUGACAGAUCUCUUUGAUGUUUGUGAUGCUGACGUUGUAAAUCAUCUGAAGUUUAUUAAGUGUAUCUUAUUUCACACGGUCUUGUGCACUUUUGUAUGUCUGAUGUAGAAAUGUUGAGCAAUAACCUGU